AUGGCGGGGAUACUACAAGGACUUCAAUCAAUUCUGAAGGAACUCACGCAGGCGACCAGUUCUCAGACAGUAAUGUUGAGUAGUAUCAGAGAAGACCUCCUGCUUCAACCUGAUGCAACAGAUCAGGACGAGCGAAGCGGCAACGGCACAGAAAGCGACCUAAAUGUCAGCUCAAUUGUUGCUAACUUGGUCGGCUGGAGCACAGAGCACGAGACCCCAAAGUCUAGCCCCGACGCAGCGGUAGACGAUGACGUAAUUGAUAGCCUGACUCGGGCUUACUUAGCGAAUCCGAAACAGUCCCCACCUGUGGAAACUAAAAUUGCCUCCUUUAUUGAACAAGUCUUAAGAGGAGAACUCUCCAGCGACAUGCUGAAAGAGACGGGAGAGAAAUACCCACCACCAGAUAAUUGCCAACACCUGACAACCGUAAUGGUUAAUGAGGAAAUAUGCAUGGGACUUGUUGAUGGGGCCGAGAAGGCAAAAUAA